AUGGCAGAGGCUGCAGAAAGAGAGCUACAAUAUCAAACCAGACCAAUCAACACCUCAUCUAAUACUAGCAGUGCUGCUGCUAGUCCAACCACCACGCGCUUAAAGCUCUUUGGCUUCAAUGUCAACCAGCCCUUAGAAGACGUCGAAGAAGCCGCUGUUCUUGAGUCUGCAAAGACCACUCCUUCCGGAUCGCCGGAAUCCGGCGGGUUUUCCACCACCGGCGACCGGAAGUACGAGUGCCAGUACUGCUGCCGAGAAUUCGCCAACUCGCAAGCCCUCGGCGGCCACCAAAACGCUCACAAGAAGGAGAGGCAGCAGCUCAAGCGGGCCCAGCUCCAGGCCAGCCGAAACGCCGCCGUUUCGUACGCGCGCAACCCCAUAAUCUCCGCCUUCGCUCCGCCGCACCACCUCCUGGCGCCGCCGGGGUCGGUGAUGGUCCCGGCGGCGUCUCCGGCGUCCCCGUCGUGGGUGUACGUGCCUCGCUCGGCGACGCCGUUUCAGGUCUCUCACGGGUGCGUGUUCCCGGCGGCGGCGGGGAAUGGGAGGAGCGGAGGGAGUUAUGCGUACGGCGGAGGUGGCGGAGCGGAGUCUGCAUUGACGAUGAUGGGGCAGCAAGUGCAGCAGGGCCACCGGGCCCAUGGAAGAGCAGAUGGGCCUUCUUUGAGUAGGUUCACUAAGGGGGAUGGUGGGCCAGGUUUCGACGAUGGGCUGGGCUUGGACUUGCAACUUAGCCUCUAA